UCAUAGACAUAAAAGCAGCGAAUCUGACAGUUCAGUAUCAGCUGCAGUCGUGAUACAGUGUUGCAGAGAAAGAAGACAGAACUUUGAAAUAUGAAUUCAAAAUUAUUUGUUGUUUUCGGAUUCCUCCUUUUGGUUGGACUUUCCAUGGCCGAAACAGAUGAGUACAAUGAUUACAAUGAAUAUAACGCAGAGAUUGAACAAAAGGAUGAAACUGCUAAACAAGACGAAACUAAAACAGCUAAGAAGGAAGAGACAUCGAAUGAUGAAGAAACCAAAGUAGUGUUGGAAGACAUGAACACUCAAACCUCGACCGAACUCGUUCAAAACGACGACCCUGAUGCAAUCAAACAUAAAGGAUUUUGUCAUUGGGGCGUUGCCGUUUGGUACAAACCUGGAGUUGCCAUUCGAUGUAGCUGUAUGAGAUGCGUCUGUAAAUCUGGUGGAAACUGGGCUUGUGGUUAUCACUUCGCUUACUGUCCGUACUACUACUGCGGUAACCAAAUCUACAAUCCCUACACCCAGAUUUGCUGCUGUGGUAAAGUUUACAGCAAGAAUCGCAACUUCUCCUGCUGCGGUUACUUCUAUUAUGAUCGCCGUUACAACCAAUGUUGUAACUACUUCUCUGUGAAGUCCAAGAAGGCAAAAUGCCCACGUUCCAAAAUCUAAAUUGGAUCUCUCGCGAGCAUUCAAGACUUUCUCUAACGAAGUCAUUUAAUUGUCUCUAUGCUGUAGAAAUGCCUGCAGUGUAUUUAUAAUUUUCAGUCUAAACAAUAUUGAAUUAUUUCUUUGCACGUACGCAAAUGUUUACGAUAAAAACAAUA